AUUAUUCAAAUCAGGGAGCCAAAUGAACGGCUCUUUCACAGAUGCGAUUCGGUCCCCGACGUUCACCAAAAAGAGCCGUUCAAAAAGAGCCGUUCGUUCGCGAACGACCCAUCACUGACACUGUGUACCCUCCAGGAGCUUCUGCUUUUCAAAACGUGGUGUAUGAAUAUUCGUCAAAUUGUAUAUGCAGAGGACACGGGUUUGUAAACAUUCUGUUUGGCAGAAUAUCCCGGGAGUGCACAACGCUGGCGAAAAUGGAGGGGUUUCUACAGAGAUGUAGCGCUGCAUUAAAGUAAUGGAACACUAUUGGCUCAUCGAUAUCAACCCAAUGAAGCACGCAACCUGGCUCAAAGUGAUCCCUGGCUUGAAUGCUGCACUCAAAUGCAGGCCUAAAUGGAUUGCUCUGUGAACGUGGUCGAAUUCACAUUAGCAUGGGAUAUGGGGAUAACUGUUCGAAAACUGCCCUAUUAUGUAACAGUAAUUGACAUUUCUCGGCAACAGAGUGAGUUGAAUAUGAAGCCCGUUGCAAAACAGUUUGCGUUUCCCAUUAACACCGUUGGCUACACUUGAUCUGCGAAUGGCACACAAGACAGGUGCACAAGGACAUGCAUGAAGAGCAGAAUCAGAGCAUCCUGUCAUAAUUAUGCCUCGUCUUUGAAUGGAUACGGCAAUAGUGGAUUACUACAGCUGUAGUAGAUGUCGACCUGAAUCGUUCUGUUUACCAUGUGGCUGUUGUGGAUUCACGGUUGAAGAGCUCUACACACACACACACACACACACACACACACACACACACACACACACACACACACACACACACACACACACACAUACACACACACACACACACACACACACACACACACACACACACACACACACACACACACACACACACACACUGUUGUUAAAUAUAGCCUCCCUUGGCUCCUGUUUGCCUGCUGGGGUCUGUCCACUGCUACGCCUGAUGGGAGGUGCCGUGCACGCUGGGCAGUUCGGAGGGCAGCUCUGGGAUCCACGUUGUCCUUGGCAACGAGGCCUGUGACCUCGACUCCAUGGUGUCGUCCCUCGCCUUCGCCUACUUUCUGUCCACAACGUCUGGCAGCUCGUGUAAGACUGUGGUGCCAGUGCUGAACAUCCCGAGAGCCGAGUUCCCCCUACGUUUAGACAACGUGUUCCUGCUGAAGGAGAGUGGGGUUCCAUCAGAGGCUCUGGUGUUCCGUGACGAGGUGGACCUGGCAGGGCUCCAUAGAGCCAAGAGGCUGGUUCUCUCCCUAGUGGACCACAACGUGCUUCCUAGUGCCGACAUUGACUUGGAGGAGGCAGUUGUGGAAGUCAUUGAUCACCACCACCUCGAGAGGACACCCUCCACUUCCUGUUCAGUCACCAUGGAAACCGUGGGUUCCUGUGCCACCUUGGUGACAGAGUACAUUCACCACAAGGCACCUGAAGUGCUAGACAGACAGGUGGCCCAAUUAUUAUACGGGGCCAUUGUGCUGGAUUGUGUCAACAUGGCCCCAGAGGCAGGCAAGGUCACACCCAAGGACAGCCUUCUGGCCUGCCUACUGGAGUCGCGCUUCCCAGACCUGCCACCCAGGGGUGCCCUCUUCCAGUCCCUACAGAGCGCCAAGUUUGACAUCUCAGGUCUUUCUACAGAGCAGAUCCUGCUGAAGGACAUGAAGGCUGUCUCCGGAGGCGACCUGAGACUGGCAGUCAGCGCUGUGUACAUGACACUAGAUAUGUUCCUACAGCGGAAGAGCCUUCAACGGGAGCUUUGUGAGUUCUGUCACAAACAUCGUUUUGGUGCGGUGGUCGCCAUGACGAUCUCUUUCAAUGAACGCAGCGAGCCCCAUCGGCAGCUGGCGGUCUACAGCUCCAGCACCCUCUAUAGGGAGGAGGUGAGCCAAGCAUUAGAAAAGGCCCGGAACCCCUCUCUGUGCACCUCUCCAAUGAGCAGCCCCUUCAAUGACAUCAAGUCCUAUCUCCAAGGCAAUGCGCUGGCCUCCCGCAAGAAAGUGCUACCUAUCCUCAAGGACUUCCUGAAGGAGUGGGACAAGAAGCAAGUGCAUUGCGGGGAGACGGAGGACUUUGAGGAGCUGGACAACCACUUUGACCCCACGGGGUCGCCUGGUAUCGACGGAGACUCCCGCCCCCACUGCUUCUCGGCCUCUCGGCACCACCGUCGCCGCCUGUUGGGCGCUGAGGACUCUGGGAUGGAGGAAGACUUCCAGGUGCCGGCCACACCCAUGAACAGUCUGGUGGAGGGCUGUCCACUGGACGCCGGCCUGCCCCAGAUCAGCGCGGAAGCCAUUUUGGAGAAGUUCAGCUGCAUGGUAGGGGAAGCAGGGGGUAAUAAAGAUGUCAGCUGGCCAGGUGAUCAAUAACCUUCUGUUGAUGCCUUUAAAUCCUAGUGCCCCUGGCUCUCUGUCCGCGUGCACUGCAACCCAACCAAAAGACUAUAAGGAGUGUUCAAACUCAGAAGCAUAUCAAUCAAUUGUAUGUUUCAUAAGGGACAUCUCAUAGCGGAUUAUAAUGACAAUCCAAGGGGCCAUGUACAGUAACUCACUCACUGGUUAUAUAGCAAUCCAAGGUUUUAUAUCAGCAGCUCCGGUGAUUGACUGGAAACAGGGUUGUGUUCAGGAGGAACAAAACCGCCCAAAACGGAGUGAAGCAGGGAGGUACCAUCUUAAUUUAUCUAAUAAGAAAUGCUCGUUUUUGUUUUCCGUUGCAAAACGUUUUGCUACGGUGUGCCCAAAUGAACACAACCCUGGACUGCUGUGGCCAUCAAACUGAUCACCAAGUUCUUAUGGAUGCUUUACUCAAGUCAGGACUAAUAACACCAUUACGAAGGAUAGAACAUCCUUCUAAAAGACUGGCAACCGGAUGAAAAAAGCAUGACUUGUACCUUCGAAGACUCCAGACAACAAUGAAGGUUCAAUUGUGUUUUCUCUCUGUAUCCCAUCUGAGUACAUGGGACUGCCUCAUUGGUUAGUGCCAUCUCCAAGUGUAGGGGGAGUAGAUUGGACAUUUGGAGAAUACAUGAUGGACUAAUGUAAUGAAUCUUUGAAAGGCCUAUUUCAAUGUCACAGGCAUUUGAGUGAAGCUUUAUUUUGAGGAGAAUUUUGCCCUGGAGAAUGACUUUAUCCAUUUUUGCAGCAUGUGUUUCAGUAGUCCUGGUCCUUGAAAACUGCAGAGUUUGCUGUUUUUUAGUGAAACUUAUCUAUGUACAGCUUCAGUAGGGAGUUAUUGAGCUGAUGAUUGAGCACGUGAUAUCUACUGGCAUGUGUGUGAGCGCGUGUGUGUCUGUCAGUCUGUCUGUCCGUCCGUCCGUCCGUCUGUGUGUGUGUGUGUGUGUGUGUGUGUGUGUGUGUGUGUCUGUGUGUCUGGAGUUCUUGGUUAGCGUGAUGUCAUGAUGACAUUAUUAUCAGGGUUGUUUCAGUCCAUAGUUCUCCUCAUUGUCGGCAUCCAUCUGGAAAAGAACGAAGGGAAGAACACACACCCUCCCCACAAAGAGAGAGAGGUGGAGAGAUACAUACCAGAUGCCGGAUGCAACUGCUGUUCAUUCAUGCAUAUGAACUGCCUGCCCCCAGUCAGAUCUCGAAAAUUGCAGGUUUCCUUUUUUUCCCGUCAUGAAUCUUGUUCUGGAGGCAUCUCUGCAGAGUGGUCACUAGCUGGCACAGCCACAAAGUCAUACCUAACCUUAACCACACUGCUAACCCUAAUGCAUAAACCUAAACUUAAAUUAAGACCAAAACCCUUUUUGUUUUCAUGAAUUUGUACAAUAUAGACAUUUUUGAGUGUGAGGCUAGCCCAUCUACCGGAAAUCACAUAGUUUUGCCUCAAGGACAAGACUCAUCCCAAUAAACGUUUACCUGUGCUAAAUUUACUCUCUCUCUCUCUCUCUCUCGCUCUCGCGGGUUUUUCUGAGAUUUAGAUCUCAAAGCUACUUCAGCUGCCCAAAUAUACACAAAUCUUAUGUGGAACUUAUCGUCUAGCUUAUCGUCUAGAUUUAUUCAGGGAAUUACCAUUGAUUAUGUCGUCCUAAUGACAUCAUAACAUUUUGAGAACAAAUUAAGUAAUGCAGAGGUUGACUUCAUGCAUACAAUCUUUUGCUGAAUUUUGUUCAGCAUGUUAUUCCUGCAUUACAAAAAACGGUGAUACGUUUCUAUUAAUACCCCCCUUUGUAUUUUUGAGUUACCCGACAUUUGCCUGUUCCCAGAUCUGUUUGUGCUCUUGCCAACUCUUAUCAUCAGAGUUGACUAUACAGCAUCAACAGAUCUGGGCUAGUGAUGAAUUGCUCUGAUGAUGGUAUCUGAUCUGGAAUCUGUGUCGCAUACCCCAGAGAGCCUUGUGGCGGUUCAUUUGAGGAAACAUUACUGCAUUAGUGCAGAUGUCUGCUUCAUUCGCUGUCUGUAGUUGGGCCCGAGGAGUAGGUUUGAACUUACUGUACCACAGAGAUGUGCAAACACCCCUAGGAAAACCCACAUACAGAUGAAUGCAUAGACACAAACACAUUAGACAGUGGCCCGAUUCCAUUUCAGUCACUAGUCUCUUUCUUUAGCUCUACCAUUUCAGUGUUCCCAGAUCACAAGGAUUCGAUAGGUCUAAGUAAGUGAUAAGAUGAUGGUUCCUACCUCGUUCGAUAGGGUAUGUGAAGGUUCUACCAUACACUCACCUAUCCAGUCCUUUUGCAUCGUGGAACUUCAAACUCUGAGAACUAUGGAGGGCGGCACGGACUAAAUUGGAAUCCUGCUAGUCUAGCUGGAACUUCUGCUUUGUUAGAAUUCCCAGAUUUGAUUUAAUAUGUAUUUGAAAGCAGAAAACAUCUGAGAAUGUUGACUAGCCCUGUGCUGAACCCUUUAAUGAAGAUAGCAUAGUUGAUUAUACCACUUGAUUAUAUAAGUCAACCAUGUAGUUUCAUUGAUUUAUUCUCUACAUCACAGCGAGAAGGUGUGUUCUGUCACAUAGUUUAUAGUAAAAUAAUAUGUUGUGUCUAGGCUAGAAUGGUAUUGAUAGUGAGUUUUCUAUAAAACAUACUCUGAAAGAUUAUUAUAUUGAGCCUCAGGUAUUAAGGAUCUGGCAAUGCUUGGCUUGUAAAAAGAUCCCUUGUGCUAAUUAUGUUUUGUCCUUCUUCUUUAUCUCCAAAUAUACUUUUUGUUGAAAUGCUUCAUGGGAAAUGUAGCUUAUGUGGUGGACAGUGUAAUGGCUCAGUGACUCUGCAGAUUCAUGUGAACACUAAAACGAGUUUGUUUCUCCCACACCAUUUGUCAUGAUUACAUGUUUUAGUAAACACUCUUGUCACUGCGGUGUUCUAAUUUUUACAGGCCUUUAAUUAAGGUUGGAAAUGUUAGCUUGCUGGACUUGUUUAGCUUCUCAACAGGUUGAAUGACAACAAGUAAUUCACAAUGUUGUUUCUUUAACCCAAACUGGUUCCCUUUUCCAGUUUCUCACGACUUUAAUCCAAAGAUGCCCUCCUCAACCCCUCUACAUGCAGUUCCUUUCUGUAGUUUUGUGAAUUUUAUGCAGGACAAUCGGGAUUCAACUUCUCUUUUAUUCAAGUACGCAAUGUGAAAAAAGUGUUUGCUAUGUGGUUCCUGAAUGCGAAACCACAUGUAUGACAAGAUUAUAAGAGAAAAUGUUCAACUAUGCACUUCUAUUAAAAAAAAUGGAUUUGAA